AUGGCUCCUAUGCCCAGAACACAAUACGUGUCUCAGAAGGCCACUCAUUGCAUGAAUGGAAAGGAGGAUAGAUGGAAGAAUUUACUGUAUAUAGUAAUAAAUAUAAAACAGGCGGAUUCUUUACCAGCUGAGUCACAGGGGAAGCCCAAGAGUACUGGAGUGCUUUUCCAGUGGAUCUUCCCAACCCAGGAAUCGAACCGGGGUCUCCUGCAUUGCAGGUUUUGGUUUUUUGGCGGUGAGGCAUGUGAGAUCUUAGCUCCACCACCAGGAGUCAAACUUACAACCCCUGCAUUGGAAGGCUAA